GGCAAACCAUGGUGUCACAUCCAUCUGAUACAGUGACCCCUCCAGCCAUCCUCCCUCUCUCAAAAUAAAGAAAAAGAAAAAAAAAAGGAAGCCAUCCCAUCUCAAACUGAAAUGGAUAAUAUCGUCAUCCAACCGUCAGUAGCGGUGCUAAUCUCUUCUGUAAUCGCGAUUAAAGCUUACAGAAGAAAAUCUCUAGACGUAACAGGAGCAGUUGCUGGGUUCAUUGUUAUGACCCUUCACUUUGCUAUUAGUUACAGAUUUGGAGCUAUAUUGCUUGUCUUCUUUUUAAUUUCAUCCAAGCUUACCAAGGUUGGAGAAGAGAAGAAGAGACGCUUUGACGCCGAGUUCAAGGAGGGUGGACAAAGAAACUGGAUACAAGUGCUGUCUAAUAGUGGUAUAGCUUCUGUUUUGGUUCUGGCUGUUUGGAGAUUGGCCGGCUGGGAGGACAAGUGCUUGGAUGGAAAAGAAUCGGCCGUCGUCACCUCUCUUAUUGGAGGGAUCAUCGGUCACUAUUCAUGCUGCAAUGGAGACACUUGGUCUUCCGAGCUUGGUGUACUCAGCGAUGCGCAACCUCGUUUGAUCACAACCUUUAAGCCUGUUCGGAGGGGUACAAAUGGUGGUGUCACGUUAGCAGGUCUUCUAGCAGCUGCAGCAGCAGGAGGUAUUAUUGGGCUUGCAUUCGUGCUCAUAGGGUUUUUCACAACGAAAUGUGUGUUUGAUGUAGCACUCAAGCAGCUCGUAGUUAUACCCGUUGCUGCACUGGCAGGGUUAUGUGGGAGUCUGAUAGAUUCUCUGUUGGGAGCUACUUUGCAAUUCAGUGGAUUCUGCACUGUUCGGAACAAAGUUGUUGGAAAACCUGGACCAACAGUGAGGAAAAUUUCAGGACUCGACAUUCUCGACAACAAUGCUGUGAACCUUGUCUCUGUACUGCUGACCGCCUUGCUGACUUCCGUUGGCUGCGCAUGCAUUUUCUGAACAGUGCCGAUUGUUCGAUUAAGUUGCAAUUAUAGCCGUUCUCAUGAAUACCUCAUGUUUUCCGAUCUGGUAGCAUGUCAUGGUGAUUCCUUCUGUACAAUUUACUCGUGGCACUUGAGAAACUGGUUGUUGAUUAACUGUCGUUUCUAAGGCAUGAAUGUACUUAUGAGUCCACAAACAGUUCUGUUUUAGCGCUAAAUAUAAAUAAAAUAUGGAGAAAAGGAGCAAAGCAAAACAAGUAAAAGGGAACUUUU